GCAAGAGCCUCUGUCAGUGUGCAAGUGUCAGAUCUUCACCAUGCAGCACAUCUACAUGCACAGCAGUGAGCACUUUGAAGUCUUCACCACUGUCCUUGCUCCACAAGCAAGAUACCGAUACAGGGCACAAGCUGAAAAGAUGGUAGUGGUGCACAGAUACAAGCCCCACUGGCCAGAUGAGCUGAAGCUGUCUCCAGGUGACGUCAUCCGGGUGCUGUCCAAACAUGAGGAGGAGAGGUGGUUUGGGCAGCUGCAGGAUGGGCAGCAGGGCUACUUCCCCGCCUCAUGUGUGAUGGAGUUGAGCCAGGUAAAUCUGCCUCCAAAAGGCCUACGAAGGAGUUUAUCUCUCAGGACCUCAGCUGGGGACAGUGAGCGCAUAAGAUUUGGAAAUGGACACAUUCUACAGGCUUUCAAGAGGGGGAGCAGAGGAGGAGGGAGAGAAGUAGGGCUGGAUGAGGGCCAGGUUGAGCCUGAGGGCCCCUUCCUGGCGAGUAGGCCCCAGAUCUCUCUGCCCCCGCCUGUGGCCUCCCACCUUCAGAUACACAGAUCUCCAAGUUUGCUCCACAGGAUCAUGUCCAAGUGCCGGAAAAAGACUGAAAGCCAGGGAGCCACCAACGGGGCCUUCGAGGGCGACUAAGAAGCCCUUUUCUUUGUGCUGGGCCACUGAGCAGAGUCCACUUUCUUGGUGCAGCACUGGGGAUUGGGUGGGUAGGGAGCUUAGUUUAUGCAAUCUAAAUAUACAUCAUGACUAUCUAGAUAUCCUGUACUUGUCCCACAUCCGGCGCUCUUGACUUUGCUGCAAGGGGCAAGCAAGAAGUUAAAAAUGUUAAAUAUAAACAUCCCAAUUAGGGAUGUCACAGAGGUUGUUCUGCACAUUGCCGCUGAUGGGCAACUCAUGCUGUGACAUCACUAAUGAGGAGGUGUGGAGAAAUGCUGCCCAGUUUUUCAGCAUGUUAUCAAAUGCCAGACAUAAGCUUUGGAAAAUAUACAAUUACAGCAACUAUGUGUGCAACUACACAGCAGUAGUAGCAACCAAUGAAACAAUCUUUAUUCCCCUUGAUAAUCAAAUGAAGCCAUUUUCUAUAGUGUUGAU